AUGCCUCCGAACACUUCGCUCCCUCAAUUUCUCACCAACACGGAUCUUGAUCCUUCCUUUGAAAAGGAAAUUCGAGACAUUCACCUCAUAUACGACUACGACGCGCAGAGCGCCGAUGGAAAGCCCGAAAAGUGGCGGUAUGAGAUGUGGUUCUUCUCCGAGAACCGCAUCGUCUACGCGAUCCACGGGGGCCCCAUGGCAGGUAGGGUGAGCUACCAGACGGCGACCUAUCAGUGCAUCCGCCCAGGGGAACUGUGGCAGUGCAACUGGCUCGAGGAGACGGGCACCAUCUGCUCGCUCGUGUACGACAUUACGCAGCAGACCAUUACGACACUGCUUGGAUUCUCCAAGGGCCACUGGGAGAACCCGGAGGACGCGCAUGGCGACAAGAGGAACCCAGAGGACUUUGAGCGCUGGAGGGGCCUUGCGAAAAUGGGUACGCAGGUCGACAGGUUCAUGUUGUCGGAGCAGGCCAACAUCAAGGAGAGCUUUAAGGGAGCAGGACAGCUCAAGCCGAUUGCGCCCGACGCUGAAACCUUCUGA